UAUAGACCGCCGAAACCGGAAAAGCCACCGUUUUUCGGGUGUCGUCAAUACAUGGACCUGGCAGGGAAAAUAGCCGUCAUCACCGGUGGUACCAGAGGCAUUGGGCUGGCCGUUGCCAAGGAUCUGAUCCAAAACGGAGCGUCGCGAGUAAUUAUCAGUGGUCGUGACAUCCGGGAAGGCGGAAAAGCGCUCAAAAUCCUGACGGACAUGAGCGACAAAAAAGAUGGCAACCAGAAGGUCAUAUACGUACCGACAGACGUCACCUCUGAGGAAGGGUUGAGAGAACUAUUCGACUACACUGCCACACAUAUGGGUGGUUUGGACAUUUUAAUGAACAGCGCAGCCAUUCUGAACGAAUCGUCCAUGUGGAGACGAAUGGUCGAUACCAACGUGAGAGCUUUGAUCACUAGCACGAAGUUAGGAAUAGAUCUAAUGAAACAAUGUAAAAGACCCGGAGGAGUGGUUGUGAACCUAUCAGCCAUAUACGCUAUGAAACCUCUGCCUCAACUCCCCAUAUUCAGUGGUACUAAAGCUGCCGUUCGAAAUGCCACAUUAGGAUACAGUACUAUGAAGGACCGCAACAGUAAUUUGCGGAUUUUGACCGCGUGUAUGGGACCGACGGAUACGUCGAUGCUAUUGAAUUUAUCACCCGAUGACAUUGGCGAAUGGACUAAAGACGAACAGGAGGAUUUACUAGACAUGCUAAAAGCUAAACAAAAUGUGGAUUAUGCAGGAAGAUGUAUAACAUUGAUGAUGCAAUUUGCAGACAAUGGAUCUACAUACUUAGUAGUUAACAACAGUUUGCACAGAAGAAAAAAUGAAAACAUGAUGUUCAGUAAAAAAAUGAUACAGAAAUUUACCGAGACCAAUGAAUGACUACAUUCACUUAACAUGGAUAAUUUUUUUGAAAUUUGAAAUCUUGUUAAUUUCACAACAAUACAUAUAAACAUUUCAAUGGAAGCCAAUUAUUAC